UCUGGGGUCAACAACGAGUCAUGAUCAUCCAAUAAAGGGAAGAAGGUAUUUUUACGUUUAAGGUUAUUUUUUUACGUUUCCUGUAGCCUAUUAAAUAAGUAAAGAAUGUAAAUAGUUUAUGAACUAAAAAAGCAUUUGGAUUUACCUUCUUAGGAUUCAUUUUUAGCGUCCACGUGUUUGCCAAGUUACCAAACUAACUGACCCGGCCGUUAAAACACUGAAAAAAGGAGCAGGAAAGCAUGAACUCAACAGUUUAUAACAUUGAGGAUGUUUUUCAAAUGAACUCCACUUGUAAGUAUGACGCCAAACACUUGAACUCGAGCAGCACGGAAGAUCUUCCUCAUCCUCCUCGUCUUCCGCGCUUCACCACCGCGGCUCAGGUCCGAGUGACGCUCACCCUCAUCCUGUGCGCGCUGUCCGCAUGCUGCAAUCUCGCCGUGCUUUACGCAGCCAACCACAACCACAGAAAACGGUCCCACGUUCGGCUCAUCAUCAGCAAUCUGGCGGUGGCGGAUUUACUGGUGACGUUCAUCGUCAUGCCGCUGGACGCGGUGUGGAAUAUAACGGUGCAGUGGCUCGCGGGGGAUGUCGCGUGCAGGACGCUAAUGUUCCUCAAACUCAUGGCUAUGUACUCGUGCGCAUUCGUGACCGUGGUUAUAAGUCUGGACCGACAGGCUGCUAUUCUCAACCCUCUGUCCAUCAACAAAGCGAGGAAGAGAAAUAAAGUUUUGCUGAGUGCAGCAUGGACCAUGAGUGUCGUGUUAUCCGUACCACAGGUGUUUGUUUUCCACGUUGUGGUGAUCGAUUCCCCCAAGCGGUUUAUCCAGUGUACAACCUAUGGCAGCUUUAGCUCACGCUGGCAGGAGACACUUUACAACAUGCUUACCUUCACCUUCCUCUUCCUCUUACCACUCUUCAUCAUGAUCUCCUGCUACACAAGGAUACUCUUUGAGAUCUCCAAGAAAAUGACCGAAGACAACUUGCUGUCCAGCAAAGUGCAGUUGCGCAGGUCUAAAAACAACAUCCCUAAGGCACGCAUGCGCAUGCUGAAGAUGACUGUGGUCAUUGUGCUGUCAUUCAUUGUGUGUUGGACACCCUACUACAUGCUUGGCUUGUGGUACUGGUUCUGGCCUGCUGGCCUGGAGGAAACAGUGUCCCAGUCCCUCUCGCACAUCCUUUUUAUAUUCGGGCUGUUAAAUGCUUGUUUGGACCCCAUCAUCUAUGGUCUCUUCACCAUUCCACUAUGCAUGAGGCACCGACAGCAUGAACAUAACAUUGUAGCCUUUGAGCUGGAGAACACUAAUAACUCUUUGAUGACCUCCAUUAGAACUUCCACAUCUUCGCUCACUUUAAAGAGACUGACAGUUCAGCAGACUCCUAGAGAAAAGCUAGAAUGGGACAGAGAGUAUGUGCAGAGGAUUGAGGAUGAUGAGGUAAAGAAUGGUGUGGCCUUUGCAAGUCAUUCCUCCUGUACGGACUAAAAGCCAAAAUGCAUGAGUUGUCUAUAUGUAUGAUAGCUUUCCAUUUCAUUUUCUUGUCAUCUAAGAUGUUCAUGUCUUUCUUUCUUCAGUCGUAAAGAAAUUAUGUUUUUUGAGGAAAACAUUUCAGCAUUUUUCUCCAUAUAAUGGACUAAUAUGAUGCCCCGAUUGUGAACUUCCAAAAUGCAGUUUAAAUGUGGCUUCAAACUAUCCCAAAUCCAGUUGUAAACGAUCCCAGCCGAGAAAGAAGGGUCUCGUCUAGCGUAACAAUUGGUUAUUUAAAUAAAAAUAAUACAAUUUAUAUACUUUUUAAUGCCAAACGCUCAUCUUAUUGUCUUAUACUCUGCCUGGACUGUUUUUGUUCCGGUUCAUGACAGUUAGGGUAUGUCGAAAACUCCCAUCAACUCCCUUAACUUCAAAAUCGUCCUAUAUCACUGUUUUACCUUUUUUGUUAAGGGUGUUUGAUCUUUUUUGCAUGUUCACUUUGCAAAGACUGUGUCAGUACUUCUGCAGCGACGUAGGAUGAUUUUGAAAUGAUUUUUGAAGUUGAGGGAGAAAAUACAAUUGUGAGUUUUGUGACAUACCCUAACUGUCUUGAGUCAGAAUACACAGAGUUCAGGGAGAAAAAGGCAAGAUGAGCAUUAGAGAUUAAAAAGUAUUUAAAUUGUAUUUUUUAAUGAAAAUAACCGAUCGUUUCGCUAGAUAAGACACUUCUUCGUUUAGAGUCCUUUGAAGCUGCACUUAAACUGGAUUUUGGAAGUUCAAACUCGGGGGGCACCGUAUAAGUCCACUAUAUGGAGAGAAAUCCUGAAAUGUUUUCCUCAAAAAACAUAAUUUUACGACUGAAGAAAGAAAGAUGUGAACAUUUCGGAUAACAAGGGUGUAGCGGUUUGGCCAAUCAGACACACAAUUGUUAAUUUGAUUUACAAUUAUUCAUUAAAUUAACAAAUAAUCACAGACCCCCUCACCCACAACACUGGCUGCCGGGAUGUCUCCAAUGGCCCAUCAGGCCCCUGGUUACCAUGGCAACCAGAAUACCUCGGCCAGAUCAGAUAAACUUUAUGACCUACAAGUAUGUAGAGAGAAUCUUCCCCUACUUAAAUCUCUCUAAAACAGAAACAUACUGCUAUAGGAAAUUAAUACUUUUAUUCAUUCACAGACAAACCUUUCUUUGAUCUUCCUAUCGCACAUAGCCCCAGGUCAUUGUGUAUAGUGUUACUGCCUUGUAAUUUUGUGUUUUUCAUUAUGCACUGUUAUCAUCUAAAUGAUGGUGUAUAUUAUAUGUUGAUUCCCUUGCAUAGUGUAUUUAUAUAGUGUUUUAUAUAUAGUGUUUUAAAAAAAACCUUAGUAGUUUUUGCAUCAACACCCAAUCGAAUUACAUAUGCAAAAUACCAUGCUCACUCCAAAAGUGAAAGUCACUAUUGGCUCUUGGACCUCCUGGAGGUGUAGCUUCCAGGAACCUUAAAAGCAUCAUGCACAUGCUUUCUCCCUCUAUUUCUCUUCUGCAAAAUCUUCCGAUUGCUGCCCAUGUGAAGGAACCCACGGGGAGCCUGAGUCAGCACAGGGCGUGCCCGACAGGCCCCAACAUAUAGAGCUGUGGCUCUCGACCACAAAGAAUCAGACCAAUAACACUGAACUCCAUUUUCGCUUAACCCUGGAAUUCAUCCUCAUGGAAAUUUCUCAUUUCUCGCUUCUUCUGCGUCUUUUCUUUUAGUUUCUUCACUCAUCUCACAUGAGUGACUCACCUCAGCCAGUCAUUGGUUCUUUUAGAACCUAAGAGGAUGAGGAGGAUGAGCUAGAACUCGUCAGGACUUCCCUAAGCGUGCGCCAGGCCUUGCAGCCUUGUCUUUCCAUUCCCCAAAGAUCACAGGACUUCAGCUGGGUCCCUCUCAGCUCUUGGUUCUUCUUCACUUUUCACAUGGGAAGAAACUCCCAGUCACCAUCGAGUCAGAACAUUUUUGGAGUUCAUCACUCUUCAGACCCAGAAAAAAAAUGUGAUCGUGAUUCCAAAACCACCACUGCUCCAAACCAUCAAGACCUUCACCCGAGACUGCAUUCGGACACUUGUUCAACGACCAAGGCAAUGCAAGUAUCGUACAUUUAACUAAACAAAACAGAGGUUUAGUGUAAGCUGUAGACAGCACUGAUGGUUUCACUCAGAUGGGUAACUGACUCUUUUCAUAGCUACAUUCUCUUGUCUCUCUAAUGGCUUCUCACUGACCCUUCCCCCAUGUAUGAGUGAUUUCAUGUUUGUUUGUUUAGAUUAGUUAUGUGUUAGUCCUUUGUUAAUAAAACUCUUGUGCACAAAUUACAUGAGUUUUGAUUCUGAUUCUGCCUUGUAAAUUAAUGUCCCUUUACGAUUUCGAUUCGAGCUACAUGC